AUCGCGUGGCACCGUACGUGAUCCUGAUCCUGAAAGCUGUAAAAAAUUGACUUUGAAUCAUCCAUUAUCCAUAUAGGGUCAAUUUAUUUAGAAGAUGAAUCCUUCACAAGAACUACUCAAUAUUGGGGAGAAAAAUAUUCAGGAUUCCUUACUGAUCAAGAAAAGUAAACCAUUCAAGAUGGGGCCUUCAUCAGUACUGGGCAGAGUGAAGUCUUUUUUACCACAAAUGGAGGUGGCCAACAAGCAGCUUGAAGAGAAGAUAGCGGAUGGUGCCAUGGAGGACCUAGACAUUGAAAAUGUUGAUGAUUGUGAAGGACCCAUCAUUGAAAUGAACCUUGCCUUGUGUGCACAUGAUGAAAAUUCAGAUGACGAGGAGGAGGAGGAAAGUGAAGAAGAUGAGAGUGACAGUGACGAGGACAACCGUGUAGGACUGAAAUAUGACAAGUCAGAUUUAGGAGAUGCUACCCUCUCAGAACUCAAGCUACCUGGUAAAGGAAAGAAGCCUAAAGAUGGAAGGACAUUGAUUGAAGUGAUGCCGGGAGAGUUGUCGGAUGAUGUAGGAUGUAAUGAAGGUGAUAAGACAUAGCUUUAUGGAAAUGGAAUAUUGAUGCACAAACUUUCAUGCAGAGGAGAGAGUGCUCGUUGAAGAAAUUCCAAAGACGCUCUUCAAUCCAAAGCCAACCGGUUUCAAAAGUUAUAUCUGAAAUGAAUAUCAUUAUAUCACUAGGUAACAUUAUGGUUCCCUGUUGUAGUGUUUUAGAUUUCAUCUUGAUACAACCAGUGGUAUAGGAUCAAUCUUUAUGAUUCUGAAUUUCAAAGAAGAGGACAAUGUCUUCGUCCAAACAUUCAAUACAAGUUUGAAAUUCAGAAAGGAUUUGAUGCCGACAGCACUUAAAAGGGUUGAACUUCUGGAUAGAUUCCUCAAAUACUAUCCUGUGAGGAAAAGAACUCAAUGGGCAACUGUAUAACAAAACAAGACAAAAAAAUGAUUUAGACUGAAUUACAUAAUCACAUAUGAUACAUACUAUUUAAAUUUGGGCAGAAAAGGUAUUAUGUCCUGUGAGUUACCAAAAUCAUUUCUUUCUUUCCAUUAAGUUGACAUUAAUAUGACUAGAGCUUGUAUCAUACAAAAUGAGAAAAAAAUAGCAUUUACACUUUACAGUGGAUUCUCGUUGUAACAAUUGGGACCAAAGAAAUUACCUUGUUAUAUUAAGAAUCUUGUUAUAUCAGGGUAAAAAAUAAUAAUAUAAAGAGUUGGAACCAGCCUUGUUAUAACAGAUACCUCCUAUAUCAGAGCUCCUCAUAAUUUGGUUCGACUGAACAAUUUUAUUUCCUGUUACUAUUCAUCUUGGACUUCAUUUUUGUCUCGCCUGCGUAGCAAAAAGCGAGACAUAGGCGCCGCUUUUCUGGUGGCAGCGUCAACAUCAAAAACUUAACCUAAGGUUAAGUUUUUGAAUUUGUAGUAUUAUUUUGAUAGUAUAAGUUCUCAUUCAAUGAAACUUGGACUAUAGGGUUAUCAAGUAUUCCCAAUUAUGUGGGUAGAAUUUCAGGUCACAAAAUCAAGGUCAAAGGUCAUUUCAGGU